AUGACAUUAUUAACGUAUAUUUCUAUUAUAUUUUCAUUAAUUUUUUCCGUCUCUUCUAUUGGCGUUGUUCCAGUUCCAAAUGAGUAUGCUUUAAAUGCCAAAUCAAAAUUUGAUGGUAAGUUAGCCUAACUCCUCUCCAAAAAAAAUAACAAAAUUCCAUUCUAGAUUACGCCGAACACUAUUUGCUACCAGAAGAUUUCCACAACGCCGAAACUGCGCCGGUCAAAAAACCAACAGAUGCUGAAAUCGAAUCGAUGCAAAACUCGUUGCUUUUCGAAGGAGAUAUUAUGGGUGUUCCGGAAAUCGAGAAAAUCGAUAUUUUGAAAAAAUUGAGGGAUGAUCCAAUGAUUGAUGAAGAUGAAUUGUUUCGAAAACCAUUUCAUAGUGCUUUGAAUCUGGUGACUUAUCCGGAUAAACUUUGGCCGAAUGGUGAAGUUCCUUAUAUGUUGGAGGAGGGUAUGACUAAUGAGUGAGUGUAGAUCAAAGAGGGGAUAGAUCAAGGCGCCCGUUGAGUCAGACGCGAGACGACGAGAGAAUUUUGCAAAAAUAUCUCGAAAAUGAAUUUCGCUUCGAGAUAUUUUCAAUAAAACAUGUGUUCCUUGAAACAAAAUACGGUAUUUUUUCAAAGGGACACAUAUUUUCUCAAAAAUAUCUCGAAGCGAUGUCUUUCUCUGUCUCAGAUGACGUCAUCAGACUCUCGUCGUCUGUCGUCUGACCCGAGGGGCAAUUUUUUAUUGGAGUAAAUAAAUGGUCGUGCUGUGUCACAGUGAUAAAUAGUUAAUUUUCCACACCAAAAUGUGUAGUUCUCGAGGACAAUUUAAUUUUUUUUAUUUUUUUCCAUACCAAAAAUUCAGCUGGAAAAUCAAAAUCUAGUUGAAGAAUGUGGACGGCGUAAAAAUGAAAACAACUGGGCUUCGUCAGUCGCGUGCGGCUGUGCGGCGCGGUCGGAAAAGAAAUGCAAUUCUUGAUUGUUUUCCGACCGCGCCGCACAGCCGCACGCGACUGACAAAGUCCAGUUGUUUUCAAUAAUUUUCCACAUCAAAAAAUUUGUAGUUCUCGAGGACAAGCCAAAUUUUUCCGCACCAACAAAAACAAAAAAAACGUCCAAAACUCGCAUUUUCUUCUUCAUUUUUCUAAACGGGUCUCGCAACGAACAGAGAAAUAGUGUGUGUAAACGAGAGAAACAGACAGUUCGACUUUGGACACCGCAUACCUCACAGAACAAUUAGAAAAAUUUCAAAAUCAAUAUUUUCAGUCAACGUACAGCAAUUGCACAAGCUUUCGACGAAUACAAAACGAAAACUUGCGUUCGAUUCGUGCCAAAAACCGACGACGAUUUCGACUAUAUUUAUGUGAAGAGAAAUGUAGCGUUCGGAUGUUCGUCAUAUGUCGGAAGAGCCGGCGGAAAUCAAACAGUUUCGCUAGAAGUCGACAAAUGUUUUUCAAAGGUAUGUACUUACAAUUAGAUAGGAAAAACGCUUAUUAAUUGUUAAUUAGCAAUCAAAAAUUAAAUUUUUAGGGUAUAAUUGCGCACGAAUUAAUGCACGCUCUCGGCUUCUUCCACGAACAUUCUCGAACUGAUCGCGACGAUUUUGUCGACAUUCAUGAAGACAACAUUCGGCCGGGAAUGAUGAGAAACUUCGAGAAAUAUCCGAGAAAAAAUCAUUGA